UACCACGUAACUGUAACCCACUUUCUCGCUUUUUGCUGAUUAAAUGUGUUUUGUGUUAUUGACAUAUCUGCUGGACCGAAUUACUCAGUUUGUCGUAGGUGGAACUCCGGUGGUGCUGCACCGUAAAGGAAAAGGGUUUAAAGCUAGACUACUUUACUUGUGAAGUCAGGAAGUCCCCCUAUGAAAUACAGGUUUUACGCAUUCGUCCCGUAGUCUCCAAAGUAUCGACGGGAAAAUAGGCUGCUCGUAUGUGUUUCGUGACUAAAGUUGCUGGAUAUACUACUAAAAUAAACUAAACCAAUGUGCUGGUAAAUGAGCGAAUAACGUCAAUCAAUUCGGUCGACAUUUAUACUGUGGCACAUUCUACGCGAAAUUCAAUCACGGAAAUCAAUGAUGUUCUCCUAUUUACUAAACAAAUCAAACGCUAAAUAAGUGCACAUAUUCGUAAAUGUAACAAUGCCUGCAAGUUCUCUUUGCUCCAUUGCAAUGAAUAAGUGUUAAAAUGGCAGUGAAACAAGUUAAUUAUUCUGGCCGAGUUGGAGCAUAGAUUCUGCUGCUUUUGCUGUUGCUAUUGUUUGCAGUGUGAAAGUGGGGAGUCAGUCGUCGUCGUCGUCUUCGAUCAUCGUCAUAUGUACAGAAGUAAAGUUAAAGAAAACUGAAACAGGACCAGUGUAAGGAGUGGUUGGUGAAUAACUCGGCAACAUGCUGGUAGUAUGCGCAUGGAGCGAGGGCGUACGGCUGAAGAGUUAAGGCGCAUUCGGUCGAUGGAAACAUGUGAAGAGAGUAGUGUAUGCAUUUCGCCUACUACACUCGGGAGAAACUCGCUAAAAGAAACGACUAAGCAAAAAAAUAUGUUGCUCACUUGAAGUGCUCUUGAGUAUAUACCAAUGACAGUGUUCGUCGUAGUUGUCUUCGUCGUGCCCUGAAACGAGAAGUGUGGAUACGCAGUGAUUAAAUUUUCACAUUAGAAGUAGAAGUUAGAAACCAUGAUGACAGUCGAACAGUGCUUCCAAAGUUUUGUUGAUUCCAAUCGUGCAGAUUUGUAGUACUUUCUAGGAAAAAUUUUGCUGCCACAGUGUUUGUGUGACCCUGGAAAUCAAUGCAUAUAAAAGUAUACCGGGUUUAAUGUCCUGUUUUGUUUCCGGUUUUCUGUGUAUUGCUAGUAAGGUUUGGAGUCAGAAACGAAAUGUGGGGAGCGGUCUUUCCUGAAGUCGAUAUGCGAGCUUCAUUCAGUGUUAUUUGUAUGCAUGUUUUCGUUUCGCAGAAAAGUGUUUAGUGUGUGCUCGAGUGUGACCAACUAAUAUCUAGCGUGAUUGGCAAUCUCAGAUUCAUUUCCCCGAUAGUGCAUGGUGAAUUUAGUUUUACCAUUCGGAAAUAUGCGUUGAUAUUGGAAUAGUUCUCGUCACAAAUGUGAAAGAAUACGUAAGCUUAAGUGUUAGCAACGCAUUGAAGGCGCAAAGUAAAGACGCAGUUCAUUAAAAUCAUGAGUGUGUUCAGUGAUUUCCAGAGAAUGUGGGUUCAACGGUUCCCGCAAAGUUCACUCUCGGACGCCUGGGAGCAAGAUGUCCGAGCCAGUUUGGCGAGACAUAAGGUAAAAAUUGCUGAGCUUACCAAAGAGCUAGAACAGGAAACCCUAUAUGUAGAAUACUUGGAACGGUUGCUGAGCGAUGUGGAGAAAUACCGGGAUGCUGGCGGAGAUCCUUCGGCACUGUUCGAAGCGAAUACGCCAGCCUCGGCUGCCAAUUUGCUAGCCAGCAGCAAAGAGGAAAACGAGGAUAAAACGGAGGAUACUACCGAGAACCAAAUCAUCAAAGCUGCCAGCAAUGCCACCGUCGACAAAAGCGCCAAUGGCGCCGCUGCAGUCGACGAGGAUGGUCCCAGUGAGAAGGAAUCGGGCGCCCCGACCGGUCCGGUUGCUCUGCGCCGGGACAAUCACCACAAAGAUAGUGCACUGAACCAGUGCAUCAAUGAGCUUACAUCGAACCUGCACCAGCGCCGCUGCGUCAGCAGUGACAUCUCAUCUCCCACCAAAUCGUCGUCGAUGUCAUCCUGUUCCUCGCCUUCAUCGACGAUGAUAUCCUCAAUCAACAAGACUGGACUGCCAUCUAGUGCCAACACGAACGAGCAGCAGGAAGGUGCAUUCGAAGGCGAGCAUAUGCGCCCCAGACGAUCGAGUCACAGUGACGCCUUGCUCUCAUCACCCAGCCAUUUUGUGACCGUAAUCGAAGUUAAAGAACCUUCCGAGAGCAGCAAACAAGAUGACUCGAAACGAAACUCCACCUCAGUAGCUGCUGCACUCGUUCCAGCUGUACCAACAAAAACUACCAGCGACAAUAGCAAUAACAAUCCAACAACAAUCCUUCAAUCAACAACGGUCGCUGCCUCUGGCAAGCCCAACAACUAUGAAAACGUAUUAAUCAAUACCAACCGUGGAAGCUGUGAAAAUCUUAACAACAACAACAAUAACAUUAAUAUGCAUUCCCACAACCCGCUGCUACAGUAUAAGAACAAUAGUGGCGUCGUUCCGAGUGAACACAGUACAUUCCUGGACAGCAGUAAGCAGUUUCCGAAACCAUCGGCGCCCAUCCUGAUGGGUUCUUCGAUUGCCGAACGAACGUCGCAGCUGAUCUCGCCCGGCGGUCAGGAACUGAAGAAAAAGGUUCCCCCACGACCCCCACCUAAAUACCCUCGCCGAGCAGCCCCGGUGGAACCACCCGUCAUACCGGCUGCGGCGAUGCACAACUUGCGCCGAGACCAGUCAUCCGAUGGUACACCCGACAGUCCAGGUAGUUCCCUGGAGCGAAAUCUAAAGCCGUCGGAAAUCUACCGCCAGAAAUCAUCGGAUUCGCUGGACGUAAAGUUGGGCAGCCGGUCUUCCAAGGCGAGCGAAUUGCUGGAUGAUUUCGGCAGGAAACUUCCGAAGUCGGAUAGUCUAAAGUCGAAAUCUAGCACUGACAGUCCCACGGGGUCUCUGGGAAAGAACGUUGGCCCUUCACCAACGGGCAGCUUGGGUAAAUUGCCGCAAACAAGCAGCGAUAGCCCGACGGGUAGCUUGGACAAAGGUAACCACCGUGCGAACGAUAGCCUCCAGUCGGUAGGAUCCAAAGAGUCGUUGGCGUCGACCGGAGGUGGAAUGGGGGCCAUUUCGGAAAGAAUAAAAAGUUACGAGUCUAUAUCAUCACUUAGCUCAGACAGUAUGCGACUAGGAGGUACGGUACCGGCAGAACAAGAGCACUACUACGACACGGUCCCGCUGGAAAAUGGCGAAGGGGACUACGUUUACAUUCAAGCUAGUGGUACGGGUUCCACCUCUAGUCGGGACGAUAUCUCAACGGCCGGUAGCACCCUACCGUUGCCAGCUUCGCAUCCACGGAGUCACAACAGUAGCCAGACCAGUGUGCAGCUAGAACCAGAAUCUCCGGGACGAAGUUCCAAUUAUGUUAAUAUUGACUAUUUUAUACAUAGUCAAAAUCUUGAGAACAGGAGCAGCUCAAUUGACAGUGACGGCGAAGCGGACGGAGGCCCACCAGUGUUAUUGCGUGCAAUCUCUAACGAAACUAAUUCUGGUCAACCGGGACAUGGGAUAUUACGAAAGAUUUCUAAUGCCAACCGUAACACAAUCAUCCGACACAUUGUGGCUAGUAUUAUCACCAGCGAAACGUUGUACGUCGAGUGUCUGAACAAAAUGAAACAAUACAUGAAAGCGAUACGAGCCACUCUCACUACGUCGCAACCUGUGAUAUCUGAAGAGGAGUUUCAGACGAUAUUUUUUAAGAUCGAGGACUUGCACGAAGUGCACUCGGAAUUUUUGAACGAGCUGCGGGCGAAACAACAACCAUUGCCUGAGGGAGAAGAGCUGUGCGUCGGUGAGGUGUUCCGCCGACUGGCCGCUCACAUACAUCUGUACGGGGCAUUUUUGCACAAUUACGGUCGUGCCAUUGAUACAGUGAAAAAAUGCAGCACGCAUAGUCAUCAGUUCAAGGAGAUCGUGUCGAACAUAGUGUUCAAGAACCAAAACGAGCAAUCUUUGUCACUUGAAGAACUGCUACACAAACCAGUGGCCCGAGUACAGAAGAAUGCACUAGUGUUAGAGGAUUUACUAAACCAGACUCCCGAACAUCAUCAAGAUUAUCAUGCCUUACGACAGGCGACAAAGACAAUUCGGAAUUUCUUGUCCGAGUUCAACGUGGUACAAACGAAAUCGAUGUUUCCGAGCGACGACAAAGCCCUUCGAAGGCUAGUGAAAAACUCAUUCAUUGUGGAGCUUGCGGACGGACAUCGGAAGCUACGGCAUCUAUUUUUAUUUAACGACGUGAUGGCAUGUGCGAAAUACAAAGCCGCCGGACGAGACCGCAAUGGGUUCGAAUUCGAGCUGAAGUGGUUCAUUCCGUUGCGAGACAUUGUCAUUUGCGAGGAAUCCGCUAACGACCCGAAGGAAACUAGUCCGAUCAAUAUCGUUCACCUCAAGUCGCAGGCUUGCACGGUGCGUGACCAAAUUAUGCUGGACGAGAAAGACGAAAAGAAGCAACGGUCCGGCGGUUCUCGCGCAGGGGAUAAACAUCGGAAAAAGCUUGCGGAUUUGGAAGCCCAGCUGGUACUGGCUUCCCCAAAUUUGGUGUUCAAAAUUGGCAAUAAGGCAACCGGGAAAACCAUGACGUUUUUCCUGAGCUCCGAUUUCGAGCGGACGCAAUGGAUAGAGUCUAUUCUAACAUUACAGCAAUCUUGUAAUCUUCCCGGACAGGUUCCAGUUCAAAUUUACGAUUUGCAGGCUUGGAUAACUGCCUGUCAGGCGCUCAUAAAAACAGAGAUGGGAUCUUAUUUGAUGCGAAACGCACGAGAUGAAAGUUUGCUGGUGGGCGAUCUGCAUUUGACUAUUCAAGGACUCAAUGGCUUCGAACAACCGUGCGAUCUAUUCAUUUGUGUUGAAAUUGACUCUUAUGGGCACUACUUCCGCAAGGCGAAAACCAAACUGGUUUGUCGCAGUGCAUCACCCAACUGGAACGAAUCAUUUGUGUUGGAACUCGAAGGCAGUCAAAAUCUUCGGAUACUGCUUUACCAGGACGAGGUGCAGAGACCUAUCCUGAGGGCGAAGCAAAUUCUAAAGCUAAGUCGCCAGUGGUUGCAAGAAGCACCUGUCACCAAAGUACUGAAACUGUCGGAAACUUUAACCCUAAAUACAAUAAUUCGGUUCGUUCCGGGUGAAGUUACGCUACGACGAGUACCAACUUCCAAACCAGGAGCACUAUUCGGUGCAAAGUUGCAACAAGUCAUCAAGCGAGAAAAACGUGACAUUCCAUUCAUCGUGAGUGCGUGCGUUCGUGAGGUUGAGAGACGUGGCAUGUCCGAGGUGGGAAUCUAUCGAGUUUCGGGAUCUGCCAGUGACGUUGCUAAGCUGAAGAAAUCUUUCGAAACAAAUGCCUACGAAGCUGAGCAGCUGCUGAAAGAGGUAGACAUUCACUCCGUGACUGGUAUUCUGAAAUCAUACCUGAGAGACCUACCGGAAGCUCUCUUCACCGAUCAGUAUUAUCCAAAGUUCUUCGAAACAUUCAACCGGCACUCCAAUCUGAACGAGGCUUCCCGCAUCGAAGCAUUGCACAAAACUUUCGUCGAACUACCACAGUCGAAUAAGGCUACCAUUAAUUUAUUGCUCGACCACCUGAUGAGAGUGCAUCAGCAGGAGAUUGAAAACAAGAUGUCCCUUCACAAUUUGGCAAUGGUUUUCGGACCGACCCUGUUGCGACCCGGUCCGUCGGCUAUAAAGCAAAAAGAUCUCUUGGAAUCCAGUACCGCCGACGUUAUGACACAAGCCGGAAUCCUCUAUAGUUUUCUACAGGCGCGACUGAAAUAGCGUAGCGCAUCAAGCCUACAACCGCAAGAAUAUAAGUUCGGUUUAAAGCCUGCGUAGAACUGCGACCAGCGAGUGCGCCCACAGUAUUCGUAACAAGUAGUAGGUACGAAGCAUGAAACUUGAGAGGUAAGAAACGUUACACUGCGUUCGGUGGAAAACCGUAAAUAAUGUUAUAAACAAACGCCCGUUAUUCAUAUAACAAAGAUCAAAUUUUUAGUGAAUUUGAAUUCAAUCUUUUGCUAUGCACUACGCUAUUUUAGUAAAUUUGAUCUGUUACUGUGACUAAAAUUUGCAUCUGUCUAACGAGUGCUGAAAGCAGUUUUCUUUUUGCAUCAAGACAGUAGUAGAAGAACUUCAGUUAUCUUCUUUUACGAGAAACUACCACCCAUUUCGGUGAACAAACUUAAGACGUUGUUUAUUUCUAAAAUAAACCUCGUUUGAUCGCAACCAAAAUUAGUCAUUUUCAUUUUUUUCCGUAUGGGAUUGUCUUUAGUUUAUCUGUGUAAAUUUGCUUUUUGUGUAUAUAUAACUGAUUUACGAUUAGUAUUAAAGAACGAACAAUAAAGUCACACGGUUCUGGUAGUUAUUAGACAACUUUAUUUCGUCGUUCGAAAAAUAAUAUGUUAUUUGAUAGUUUUCGGUAGCUUUCGAGAUAAUCUACUUGCGUGCAAAAUGCAUUCGCAUUAAUAUACAUUGUUACGAGCAUAAUAUAUUAAAAAACAAACGUAUUCAUUAUGGCAAUUAACUAUAUAAAUUCAGUUAUUAGAAUCAACUUUGUGCGUUAUAGUCAGGACCGUAAAGCAACUCUUAUACUACUAAGCAAUGGAUAUACAAUCAAAUAUAUUCUACGGAAAAUCGCCAAAACAACCAAUCAACAAAAUACACAUCCAGACAAAACAUUCGCAGCUUAUUACAUUACAAUAUUCACCGAAUACCGAAUAAACGAUCAUUAUGUUAACAGCAUUAAUUCAUCUCUCUCAAACAAGACAAUGUGUACGUCGGUAUUUUGCAUGAAAUGAAACCUAUCGGACUGUCGUCGCUUCAGACAAGCGCAGUAAAUUGCUGAAUUUAUCUAGUAGGAUUUUCUCCUUAAAUUACAAUUAUAAAAAC